GACGACCGAGCAACAGCAUCCUCUUAGGAAACAAACAGAAGCAGGCAAUAGGAGAAUAUAACCGCCUUCAGUUUCAGCAGAUCUGCUCAGGACAGGUGCCUGAACCGCACACAGCUCAGCUGUUCUCACACUCCGUGAUGAAGACUCCACUGUGGACGCUACUGUUGCUUGGACUGUGUAACCCAGCAUGGUGUGACUGCCAGAAGGAUUGCCUCUUCUGCAGCCAAAAACUGCUUAAUGAAUAUGCCUUCAACAAUUUGGUGUGUCUGGUAGAGUGUCAUGGUAAACUUUCUCCAGGCGACACCUGGGAGAUGUGUCGCAGGACCAUUGUGGAGCAGAAACAAAAAGCUUCAUUAUCGGUUGGAGGUGCCAUGCUGAAAAGAGCAGAUGAAGAGGUGGACACCUCUCUGCCUGUGGACCAAGAUGAUGGGGAGCUUUCUGAAACCCUCCAGAGGUUUGACCACAUAACAAGGGCUUUGGAAAUGGAUGAUCAGGACAGAGAUAUGCAGCUCAGUAAAAAAUACAACUUCCUGCAACUACAGUCGGCACAGCAAUCUGAGGAAGAGCGAGAUGGAGACAACGAGAUGGAAGGUGACGAGGAAGAAAAAGCUGCCAUCCACCUAAUCAAACGCUUUGGAGGCUUCCUCAAAAACAAGUAUGGCUACAGGAAGUUCAUGGAUCCUGGCAGGUCUUUGCAAAAGAGAUAUGGGGGUUUCAUAGGCGUCCGCAAAUCCGCUCGCAAAUGGAACAACCAGAAGCGUUUUAGUGAGUUCCUCAAGCAGUAUUUGGGCAUGAGUACUCGAGCUAGCGAGUUUAAUAGUAUGUCUGCUGAUGUCACCCAACAGAAUGAGUAAACUUUGAUCUUCGAAGCGAAUAAAAUUACCCAGCAAACCAUUUGUUAUGCUCAUUCGAAAGAUAUCAUGCAGUGUUCUCCUAAAACACAAAAAGCUCUCAUAGUGCCACAGGGUUAGAUGUACAUUUACUCAUUAAAGCAUCUAAUCUGUGUCAAACAAAGCUAACAAUAAUUAAUAUUAGCUUGAAGUUUGAAGAAAACUCUUCAGAUUCAAUUCGAGACAUCUAAAGAUUGCAUAUGAUUGGUAUGAAGGCCCCUGUAGUUUAAUUAUACAUUGUACAAAGACCAUUUAAAAACGUUACUAGAUUCAAAUCCAUCUCCUCUACAACACUGCCACCUAUUGGUCAA